AUGCGCUUCGGCGACGGUCCCGGCGGCGCCCCGUGGGCGGCCCCGCCGUCGGCUUGGAACCGGAGCCGGGGGCGGCCGGGGGAGGCGGGCGGCGGCGGCGAGGCCCCCACGCCGGAGGCGGGGCGGGCGGGGCGCGGCGCCAACGGGAGCGCGCCCCUGGACGGGCGGGACGAGGAGCUGGCCAAGCUGGAGGUGGCGGUGCUGGCGCUGACCUUCGCCCUGGCCGUGCUGGGCAACGGGCUGGUGCUGCUGGCGCUGCGGCGCACGCCCCGCCACAAGGCGCCGCGCAUGCACCUCUUCAUCCGCCACCUCAGCCUGGCCGACCUGGCGGUGGCCUUCUUCCAGGUGCUGCCGCAGCUGUGCUGGGACGUGACGUACCGCUUCCGCGGGCCCGACGGGCUGUGCCGCGUGGUGAAGCACCUGCAGGUCUUCGGCAUGUUCGCCUCGGCCUACCUGCUGGUGGCGAUGACGGCCGACCGCUACAUCGCCGUGUGCCACCCGCUCAAGACCCUGCAGCGGCCGGCGCGGCGCUCGCGCGGCAUGAUCGCGGCCGCCUGGGCGCUCAGCCUCCUGCUCAGCCUGCCGCAGUACUUCAUCUUCUCGCUGAGCGAGGUGGAGAGCGGCUCGCAGGUGUACGACUGCUGGGCCCACUUCGUGCAGCCCUGGGGGGCCCGCGCCUACGUCACCUGGGUCACCGGCGGCAUCUUCGUGGCGCCCGUCCUCGUCCUGGCCACCUGCUACGGCUUCAUCUGCCACCGCAUCUGGAGCAACGUGCGCGACAAGACCCGGCGGCGGCGGAGGCCCGAGGCGGCCCCGGCCCGAGGGGGCGCCCCCCGCCAGGGGCUGCUCCGCGCGCCCUGUGUCAGCAGCGUCAAGAGCAUCUCCCGCGCCAAGAUCCGCACCGUCAAGAUGACCUUCGUGAUCGUCUCGGCGUACGUCGUCUGCUGGGCGCCUUUCUUCACCGUCCAGAUGUGGUCCGUCUGGGACCGGCGCUGGCCCUCCUUCUGGAUCGAGUCUGAGGACAUUGUAGUUACAGUCACUGCCCUUUUAGCCAGCUUGAACAGUUGUUGCAAUCCGUGGAUCUACAUGUUCUUUAGUGGGCAUCUUCUGCAAGACUUCAUUCAGAGCUUUCCAUGCUGUCGAAAACUAAAUCAAACGCUGAACAAAGAAGAUUCUGAGAGCAUCAGCAGGCGACAGACUUCUUUCACCUAUAACAGAAGUCCGACAAACAGUUUGGAAAUGUGGAGAGAAUCUCCAAAUCCAUCCAAGCCUAUGACGUUCAUCCCUAUUUCUUCCUGAGCCAUGUAUGCAAAACUGAUGGUUCUUGAGUGCCAGAUCAGCACUUUAGCACUUUAUCUGAUCACAGGUACCAGUUACCGUACAGUAAAUGAACUAACAAGAUAAACAGAAAAAUGGAAGUGUAUUACUUGUGUGUAUGAUAAUUUUGCAUUGAUGUAAAUGAAUGCUGUAAA